CUGUGAGUAGUUGUGCAGUGAUGAAUGAUAAUGUAAUUUUAUUUGUACAAUAAUUGAAAAGUACACUGUGUUCAAAGUGGGAAGCGGGCUAAAUAAAACCAUUAGCUUAGCAUUCGUGUGCGUUUAACGAGUAAAGGAAGCGAGUUGUAAAGAAAGCGAGUUAGCCUAGGUUAUGUGUAGAGACUGUUGAGUGAAUUUCAAAAUAUCGUGUAACAAUUAUAGUGGAAGAAAUUUCUACACGCUUCAUUUUUAAUUGAGGAGGAUUUUUAUUGAAACAAAAAUGCAGAUUUUGGGAAUCAGAUUUGCUCCCCUCAGUGUCCCAAUGAACCGGCGUUUACAGACUCUCGCAACAGCCGCUUGGAUGUUCACCAUAACUUUCGGAGCAAUAUUAGGUUUCGUCCUCGCCGUAUACUUGGUGUUGUACUGGAAAUAUUGGUGGCUGAUAGUUAUAUAUUUGUUUUGGGUAUGGGUAGUGGACAAAGAUAUAUCAGAGUGUGGUGGACGACCUAGGAGAUGGGUCCGUAAAUGGGUCUGGUGGAGGUACCUGAGGGACUACUUUCCUUUACAUUUGGAGAAGGUGCCCUUCGUGGAAUUGGAUCCGAAGAGGAAUUAUCUUUUCUGUGCCUUUCCACACGGGAUUUUGUCAACUAGUGCUUUCAGUGCGUUCGCCAGCGAGUACAGUGAAUUCAGGAGUCUUUUCCCGGCUCAUGAUCCGCGAGUAGUAACCUUGGCUCAACAUUAUCAUGUUCCAUUUUAUCGCGAUCUGGCUCUGAGCUUGGGGGGAAUUUCUGCAUCCGCCAAGUCCAUCGACUAUGUCCUGAGCAGACCACAAGGAGGCCAUAUUUGCGUACUGAUGGUGGGAGGAGCGGCGGAGGCGUACUACUGUAAACCGGGAAAUUAUAAAGUCAUACUGAGGAAAAGAAAAGGAUUCGUGAAAUUGGCUUUGAAGAACGGUACUCCCCUGGUACCGGUGAUUUCUUUCGGUGAAACUGAUCUGUUCGAUCAAGUGGAAGGUCCGAUCCUGAAUAGGAUACAAGAGAGGAUAAGACGAUGGAUCGGUUUCGCUCCGGUCGUGAUCAUAGGCAGAGGCUUCUUCCAAUAUUCCUUUGGAAUUAUUCCACGAAGAUGUCCAGUAACGACCGUAGGUGAGUUAAAAAAAAUUACUUGAAUAGUUACAGAAUGU